AUGGCUGGCUCGGGGCAGGGCGCGCAGGGAGGGCCUUCCAAAGUCCUUUUCGUGUGCCUGGGCAACAUUUGUCGCAGCCCGUCUGCCGAGGCGGUGUUCAAGAAUGUGGUGGAGCGUGCGGGCGUAGCCGACCAGUUCCAGAUCGACAGCUGCGGUACCGGCGGCGGCAGCUCCAACUGCUACCACGAGGGUGACCCGGCGGAUGGGCGCAUGACGGCCACCGCCCGCGGCCGCGGCGUCACGCUGACCAGCCGCUCGCGCCCGCUCACGCCCCAGGACCUGGCUGAGUUUGACCACAUCAUCGGCAUGGAUGCCUCCAACCUGGCAGCCAUCAAGCGCGCAGCAGAGCACUGGCGCGCCAACGGCGGCGGUGCCGCCCCUGUGCCUGCCGACUACGGCGCCAAGCUGAGCCUCAUGACCGACUACCUGCGCGGCACGCAGUUCAGCCAGUACAAGGAGGUGCCAGACCCGUACUACGGAGGGCAGCGCGGUUUCGAGCUGGUGCUGGACCUGCUGGACGAUGCGUGCGAAGGCCUGCUGCAGUCCAUCCAGCAGCGGCGGCAGUGA